AUGUUAGUGAUAUUUACCGUACUGGUUUCUCUGUUGUUCCCAAUGGGAGAUGCUGUGAUUUCAGGAGACUUGAAUUGUACAGUGUACAAUGGAACAUUUCAUUUUUCAGUCCCCCGUGUCUCCUGCUCCACUGUCUCAAGAAGCAUGUGCCUGUCUGUAGCUUGGCGUCAAAUUCUCGCCGAAGACUGUCCGAACAUUUGCGGAUUCUGUGAUUUGAACGGAUGCAUCGAUGCUGUGGUUGGAUGUGAUAACGAUAUGUCAAUCUGUAAUGCGAUUGGAAUGCAAGAAUUCGUCAAUCAGAACUGUCGUAGAACUUGUGGCCGUUGUUCGGUUACUACUCCAAAGCCAUGUCAAUCAGGAUAA